AUGAAACCUCACCAGUGUCCAGUGUGUGAGAAAACAUUCAAUCAUCUUGGAGACAUGAAGAAGCAUGUGACAGUGCAUACAGGUGAAAAACCUCACCAAUGUCCAGAGUGUGGGAAAAGUUUCAGUCGCCUUGGAAAUAUGAAGAAACAUAUGAUGGAGCAUACGGAGGAAAGACCUCACCAAUGUACGGAGUGUGGGAAGACAUUUACUCAUCAUGGAGACAUGAAGAAGCACUUAAUCAUGCAUACAGGUGAAAAACCUCACGAGUGUCCAGAGUGUGGAAAAAAAUUCAGUCGUCAUGGAGACAUGAAAAAACAUGUUAUGGUGCAUACUGGGGAGAAACCUCAUGAGUGUCCAGAGUGUGGGAAAAGAUUCACCCGCCCUGAAAAUAUGAAGACACACAGGAUGGUGCAUACGGGGGAGAAGGCCCACGAGUGUCCAGAGUGUGGGAAAAGAUUCAUUUGCCUUCGAGAUAUGAAAACACAUAGGAUGAUGCAUACUGGGGAGAAGCCUCACAAGUGUACAGUGUGUGACAAAACAUUUCGUCUUUAUGGUAACAUGAGGAUACACAUGUUAGUGCAUUCAGGUAAAAAAGCUCGCCAGUGUCCAGAGUGUGGGGAAAAAUUCAUUCGUCUUGGAGACAUGAAGAAGCAUAUGAUGGCACACACGGAGGAGAAACUUCACGAGUGUUCAAAUUGUGGAAAAAAAUUAGUAGCCUUGAAGCUACGGAGGGUCAUAGUAAUAGUGAU